CUCCCCUUUGCAGACUUUCUCUGGCAGUUCUCUCUAUGCUUGAGGGUCUGGACUCCAGAUCAGAGAAGAAAUCGAAAAUGGCUAAAACUGGCCGAGAGAGAUAGUUUCUUCUUAGGAUUUUACACUGUAAAGGAGAAAGUUUCAGAACGCUUUGAAACAAAGUAAGAAUGAAGUCUUGCUUCAAGCCAAACAAGUUGGCAUCUUUGUAGGCAGGAGAUGUAACACUGGUAAAUAUUUACUGCAGGAUUCUUAACCAGGAGACACUCUGGCUUGUUCGAGGAGUAAAUGUUUUACACGUGAGGUGAGAUCUGCGUGUGCCUCUGUGUUCUUUCCAAGUGACUUCUGGAGACGGUCUUAGAUGACUGGCUAAGACAAAAUGCCCUAGUGAUCCCCGAGGCACAGCCAGAUUGUGGGUACCAUGUCUACCACACAAAGGAAAGACGACAGCCACCUGUUUGCCAGUCUGUGCACGUGCCAGCUGAAGGUGCAGGAGGACCAGCAACAGCCAGAAAAAUAUGUCAUUGCUCAACCAACAUUUGUUUUUGAGAAAGGAGAACGCACUUUCAAGAGACCUGUAGAAGACAGCCUGGAUGAAAUGGCAGAACAUGAAUUCGGUGGUUUCUCAAGAAAACGCAUAAGGUCUUCAUCUGUCACGCUUUAUAGUACAGAUUCCGGGUCUCCAGGAGUGGCAGCUUUGUCUCAGACGCGCCUGAGGUCCUCAUCAUUCACUGAUGCCCCAACCUUCCCCCCCUCUGGGCCAGUGAAGAAAAACAAUGUUUUUAUGACAUCAUAUCUGGUGCAAAGGAAUAUUGACAUGAGCAGCAUAGAGCAAGGUCCUGUGAGGCCUUCGGAGCAUGUUCUAAGACCUGCUAUUUUGCAGCCACCUCAAGCUCAAAGCUGCAAAAACAUAAGCAAAACAUUUGGGCAUGGUGAAUUGAAAUCCUGCAAAACUAAGGAAAAUAUCAAGCACAAGAUAUCUGAUGCAAACUCUGGUUUGCAAAGUGAAAAUUUACCAAAUGCCAGUUCAGUCCAGCUGUCUACUGAUCUACACGUCUCAGAGGAAACCUCAGGAUGCCAACCAACAGAAGAUAAGCGUUCUUUUCAAAGCUGCAGUUCUGACUUUGUUUUUGGAGAAAACAUGGUAGAAAGAGUUUUGGGCACUCAAAAGCUCACCCAGUCUUCACUUCAAAACCAUUCAUAUGCCAAGGAAAAAACAUUCAAAUCUAUUCUGAAAUUUCCUAACGCCACUUCAGAUCCAAACUCUAUUAAAAAUCUAUCCCUAAUUGAAUCAGCUGCUGCCUUUUCUUCUAAACCAUCACAAAAAUGCUUGCUUGAGAAAAUUGAUGUCAUAACAGGAGAAGAAACAGAACAUAAUGUAUUAAAGAUCAACUGCAAGAUCUUUGUAUUCACCAAAAUAACACAAACCUGGACUGAAAGGGGCCGAGGAAUCUUGCGACUGAAUGACAUAGCAAGCGGUGACUGUGGGACACUGCAGUCAAGACUAAUCAUGCGCAACCAAGGCAACCUGAGGCUGGUCCUCAACAGCAGACUUUGGACCCAGAUGAAGAUUCAGAGAGCAAAUCACAGAAAUCUGCGAAUGACUGCGACCGAUUUAGAAGACGAUAGUAUAAAAAUAUUCUUAAUUCAGGCUAGUGCCAAAGACAUAGGCUAUCUGUAUGCAGCGAUACAUCACCGUCUUGUUGCCCUCCGAAGCCUCAGGAAGCACGCUGAUGGCGAUCCGGUUGACAGCCAAUCGGACACAGUCCUCCAGCAGUUCAGCUGUGACGAGGACGAGGAGGACUUCAUACAAGUCACUAAAAAUGGAUCAGGCCCUUCAAGGUGGAACUACAGACAGUCAGUUGUCUGUCCAUAGAGCUCUCUCCUUCACCAAUAUAUCUACAGAAACUGGUCACUCUCCUGAAAUGCCAGACCGUCCUAACCGAGGAGAUGCUGCACAUACCUUGAAGAGGUUUUUUUUUUUUUUAAAUUAAAGAAACACAAUUUAUUGUAAUUAAAAGUUUUAUGUUUUACAUUUUGAAUAUUGUGGACAGAAUUUAAGAAAUGAACUUCAGAAGAUAAAAAUUCAUCUUAAUCUAGAAUAGGAUUUAAUAACUAAUUUGGAUAACUCAUCAUGUUGAUGAAUAUAAAAAUUAAAAGUAUAAAUUGUUGGCUUUGAUAAAUAUCUAACUAAAGUAUUCAUUUUAGUCAUACAUUGUCUGGUUAUAGAAAAAAUACUUUACUAAAUUUACAGUCAUAUCUUUAAAAAUAUUAUAGCUGCAAGGCAUUUUAUUAAAUCAUGUUUAUCUUCUAAGAAAUGUAUAUUUUCACUUGCAUUUUCAGUUUCCUAAUACAUAUAUUCAGGGAGAAAUUCUUUUACAAAAGUGUCCACUCAUGGACUUGUAUUCAUUGUAUCUUAUGUAUGUGACUCACAAUCAGUUCACAACUGUUGGUGAAUAAUGGAACAAAAUGUAAUAUAUUACCAUGUGUUAAAAAAUACAAAAGCCAAAUAUCAAUGUUCUUUAUUUAUGUGAUUGUCAUUAAUAUAGUCUCGUAGUGUGUGGAUAUGUAGAAACCCUUUUACAACAAAUGU